CGGGGACGGGCGAGGUUAUGAACCGGCUUUCAAAUGACGUUACCCAGGUGGCUAAGACGCUUUCGGAGGAUACAAGCUAUUUCCUGCGGAAUUUCGCGCAGGGGGCGGGGGCGUUGGGCAUGAUGCUUUACACUUCUCCACAGCUCUGCGCCAUCAUGCUGGGUGUGAUCCCCCCCGUGGCAGUGUGGGGGGUGUUUUUUGGGAAAAAAGUGCGCGACUUGUCGAAGCAGAUGGUGGACGAGUUGGCCAAUGCGGGCAGCAUCGCCGAGGAAAGAAUCUCGAACAUUCGGACGGUGCGAGCCCUGGGAAACGACGAGCUGGAAGUGGGGCGGUAUGCCCACCAGAUGAACAAUGUCUUCCGGGUAGCGAAACACAAGAGCCUUAUGCAAGGUAUCUAUUACGGCGUGGCCAUGGGGUCCGGGAAUUUGGGCAUGGUGACUGUCUUAUACUUUGGCGGGCAGUACGUGAGCGAAGGGUUGAUCACCGUGGGCGAUCUUUCCACCAUGUUGCUGUAUUCGGUGUACGCGGGCUUUUCGAUCUCGGCGCUCUUGUCGUACUACGGCGAUUUGAUGAAAGCCGCCGGUUCGGCAGAACGCAUCUUUGACCUGUUGGAGACGGAGAAAACACCAUCGCGAGG